GAACAGAAGGGAACGCAGGUGGCAUGAAUGUGGCCCUCGUUUCCUUAGGGAUGAGGUGUGGGUUCUCAGACCAUGGAUGUUUCUUACAAGGCUGAGUCAGAGUGAGCUGUGCCCACUGGGCAAUGGAAGGGAGGGACAGGUUGGGAUUCCCACCAAGGCUUUCAUGUGAAGGGUCAUGGCCCAGGACUGGUCCAUUCUGUGUCCCUCCUCACCAGGUGACUUGUGCCUUGUGUGAGAUGCUGUCAGGACCCCUGUGCCAGGAGGCUGUCCAGGAACUCUACCCACGGCUGUUGGUGGCUGUGCUGUGCCAUCUCUACUGGGUGAUUGAGCAGAACGUGCCCCAGAAGAUGGUGGUAUACAGCAAGGAGGAGAUCCCUGGCAGCAAGAGCAAGACCUUUGACCCCACUAGCUGUGCCCUGGAGGUGGUGAAGUUGGUGCUCCUGGCAGCUGCAUAUGAUGGAGUGGUGGUCUAUGCCAACAAGCAUCACUGCUGGGACCUUCUGUCCAGCCCCAAAUCUUACUACAUAGGGAUCAUGGACCUGGCAAGUGGCAUUGUGAAGAACUGUGAGCCCUCCAUUCUGCACCGGAUCCUGAACCAUGUCAGGAACCUGCUCUACAACGUGAACAUUCGUCAGAGGAUCCUGGCCAGGACCUUCUAUGUGCAGCUCCUCUGGCACCGGUCAGUGGCGCAGACCCUGGGGCACGACUUUCUGGGCAAUAUAAUUAGGUGGAUCAAGGAGCCUGACCUCAUUAUGAAGGAAAUUGGUCUCCGAGGAAUCAGUAACCUGGCAGUGCACCCAAUGCAUACCGAGGCUCUUAAGAGCCUUGUUCCGCUCCUGAGAGGCUUCCUGAAGAAUGAGGCACGGGUAACAGUGCAGGCAGUGAAAAGCCUGAGGAACAUCAUCUACCAUGGGCAGGAAGAGGACACCAAGGUGGUCUUUUGCAGCAUCUCCAAGCAACUGCGUCCACUCAUCAACGAUGAGAGGGACCAGGUGAGGAUCUCGGCCACUUCUGCCCUGGGCCACAUGCUACAUCGAGUUGACAAAUUCAAGCCUGGUUCCUCUGUCCGAAGAGAGAUCUACACUUUUCUAGUCCCAUUGCUGCUCAGCAUUCAGGACGACAAUGCCGAAGUGGUCAAGGCCUGUGCAGGGGCCCUGACAGAGUGGACUAACGUGAUCGGCUGGUCGUCGCUCACCCAGACGUUCCGGCACACCACCCUCAGUGACCACAUCCAGGUGCUGGAAGAGACCUGCAAGCACCUGGUCCACACAGGCAAAAUGCAGCUUGUGGGGGAGUUACUGUCCCAGAGCUUUGGCUUCCUGAAGAGCUCUCAGUCCUUCCUAAGGGCAGCCGCAGUCACUUUCAUAGGAUUAACAGCUAAGAGGUUAAACAUGAAUCACAUACAUGAAAAUGAUGUGCAGCUGAUAUGGGAUGCUCUUGGAAGUCUGAAGCAUGAUCCUGUGGAAACUGUCCAGUCCUUGGUCAGUGCUGUCCUGAAGAAAGUUGAUGCAGAUGCUUACUCCCAGCCUCCCUGUACCUCCAAGCUGAGCCGAGUAAGCAGUAUCUUACUCAAGGUCCCCAAGAAAAAGAUGCACCUUUUUAAGGUUGUCAAACGGGAAGGAGAUAAUGAAAAUAAUCAGAAAAAGAAAAUCUGGGCUUGGGUCCAAGGUCUUCCAAAUUCACUGCACGAGUGGUACAAUAGGAGAGUGGAAAGUACUCCACUUGUCAUCGGCCCCGGGAAUAGAAGGCUGGCAGACACAGGAGCACCGAAGUCUAAAAGCCCACCGGAAGAAGCUGGGCUUGUCUAAAAACCGGCUGUGCGUCACUGUGAGUAUUUAGAACUGGGCACCAGAGCUUUUUCCAGUUGUUUGUCCAGGCAUCGCUGCUUUACUCGACAGACGUCUCUCUCUCACCUUCGGUCCCGCGAGGUGGGCUACUUUGGACUAAAGGAGGCAGAUUUGAUCUUGGAAGAUACAUUAUGUUGCCGUUUUUCUCCCUAGGGGAGUGUUGGCUAUCAGCAUGUGUAUUUGUCAAUAAAACUUAUUUUCUUAUCUUAAAACAA